AUGGCUACACUCACACCAUUGGAGGAAUGUCUCGAGCUUCUAUAUGAAUACCUGGGAAAUUUCCGAGUCCUGAUUGACUUGGUACAAAAAUUGGCUCAACAGCUUAAGCUUGAAACCUUCGUGGACAAGCAGGGAAUUGACCUCCCUCAAGUGGCAGCAGUGAAGGCUACAGAAGUGAAAACGGUAAAACUUACCAUUGCCGGUACCACUAUCAUGAUUGAUAUUGACUUCUCCAGUGAUAGACAAGUUGCUAAUGUGGUUUUAUCUCUGGCAAAUCAGAGCGAAAACACUUGCAAGCCCGAUACCCAUACACUUGAUUUUAUGACUCGAUCCGAGAGCGAUAUAACCAUUGACUGGUCGAAAAAUGAAUUGAGCUUCCUCAAACAGGUCGAUAAUGAUCAACAAGUCACUAUUGCCGAAUCCAUUAUCAAGAGCAACCUCAUGGGUGACCGCCUAGGUUACUUUCCGGAGAAUUUAAAAUUUCUUGCCAACAUUGAUCAGCUUCUGCUGCCUAAUUGCGAUCUAUUCAUAUACUUGGAACGGAUGGCUCUCAUACUUCGAGCGCUCGAGUCGGUUGAAGAAGCUUCUGAACCGUGGCUUCUACCAUAUGUCUCAGCUGUCGGCAGGUCACAAUUGAACAGUACUGACACAAAGCAAUUGGGUCUCUUUAUUGAUUACUGGCAAGACAAUCGUUACAUCAACCACAUGAAUGGCGGAUCCGAUCCAGUUCAUUAUUUGAUGGUAAGUAUCGUCCCCACUAAUGGACCUCAGCAUGACUAUCUUAAUGAGGCAAAAACCUGGACAUUGACUAAAGGCGAGUUUAGCCUCAAUUUUGAGUCCACUAGUAGCACUGCCGCAAGCUCAUGGGUUUUGAAGGUAAAACUUUCACAUCCGUGCUACAUGCCGCAAAGCAUACUUGACUUUCAUGGCUGGGCCUACGAAUCUGCAUCACAAAAGAAAUCAAAGAGUGACAAGUUAUAUGCCUUACUCAACCAAGGCUCAGUGUCGCUUGCUAAGGGUCAAAUAGCAUACUCAAUCCGAAGUCUGCCACACUUGGGGAAGUGGGUGCUCGUGGAUCUGAUCAUUCCCUCAAAAUUUAAUGACAUUACCAAAAUCAUUUUAUCCUUACGCAACCUAAGCAUACUUACCAACGUCCUUGUGGAAAGCUAUGUGACACUGUCGAAGCCACAAGUAAUCCCUGCUCGACGGAGAUCCCGUGGGAGUAUGAUGGGCGAAGAGAUGUCCGAGGAAACGAAAAAGAAGUUGAGAGACUCAUUGCAGCUUCCGCCCGAUGUCACUGAUGAUGAAUUGCUUGGCCUCAACGCAAUGAACGACCUGUCCACUUUACGUAGUGUGGACAUGUCGGCAGACAUUGCCGUUGAUGACUUCUUGAAUGAUACAUCGUCUUUACACGAAAAUGCCGAGAAGCUAGAUGUCUUCAUAGAAGACAUUGAUUUCAUUCUGCCAUUCGGCGACAUUAUGACCAAGAUCUCGGGCAACUUCGGCCCUCAUGUAAUUCGGAAGCAAUUUCGUAUCUCAAACGGUGUGUUUUCCACGAAGUCCUCGGAAGCAGACAUGGAAGUGGAUUCGCUGUCUCUGGAAAAACGAUUAGCGAAAGGGUUGAAUGUUACCGAAGAUUUAUGGCAAACUCUUGAGCAUGUGUAUAUCAAACUGGAAUGA